CCGGAAGUACCUGCCUUGGGGGGGCUUCAGUAGCAGCCGAGAUGGCGGCAGCCGCAGCGGCCCGAGGGGUCGGGGCAAAACUGGGGCUGCGUGAGAUUCGCAUCCACUUAUGUCAGCGCUCGCCCGGCAGCCAGGGCGUCAGGGACUUCAUCGAGAAACGCUACGUGGAGCUGAAGAAGGCAAACCCCGACCUGCCCAUCCUAAUCCGUGAAUGCUCCGACGUGCAGCCCAAACUGUGGGCCCGUUACGCAUUUGGCCAAGAGAAGAAUGUCUCUUUGAACAACUUCAGUGCUGAUCAGGUAACCAGAGCCCUGGAGAAUGUGCUAAGUGGCAAGGCCUGAAACUGCCAGAGGAGGAAGAGCCCCAAAACUUGGGCUCUGCUGGACUGACUACAGUAUGGAAAACCGUGUUCUGUAUAAAGUUGUGCUGUGAAAUGCU